AUGAUGCAAACAGAAUUGUGAGUUUUUUUGCUUGUGAAAUGAUUGAAACAUUGCAAUUUAGAACUGAAUCGGGAUAUUCAUCACAACAAAAUUCACUGAUAGAGACCGAAUUGGAGUCGGAAGACGAGGAUAAUGAGGAGAAAGAUGAUUUGACGAAAUAUCGUGUUUGGUAUGAUCGAUUGUUGGCGUUGCGUGAGCAAUAUGUGAAAAAAGAGCGAGGACCAUUUCCACCCUACCCGCCGCCACCUUUAAAAUCUACAAUGAUUGCGGCAAGUCAGGCGAUUUAUAUCAACCCGUUUGAUGAGAUCAAAAACGCAAAAGUGGAGAAUGUUGAUCAAUUAUUUCGCCAGCGAGAUGAUCAGAUUUAUAGUCAUCGAUUUCAUCCCACAGAUUUCCGACCUCUCCCACCGCCCCACGUAUUUUUGCGAAUGAUUCAAACACUUGCACCACACGAAUAUGUUGACUUGACCUAUGCGUUGGCUGGUGCGAUCUUGUUGGAAGUUGGUGUUCGAAUUCCGUGUGAUUUCCCGCCACUUCCACCGAGAAUCGAGCCAUUCUCAAAGUGGCGACAGAAAGAGGAGAAUGAGGAGGCGGAAUUGCGGAGCAAUGUCUCGUCGCAAUCGUCGUCGGAAGGCGAGUAUUCGGACGAAUCGGAAUGUACAAAGAUGAGGGUGGUGGAGAGGAGAAUGCAGAAUUUGAAGAGGGUAUGGAACAACUUGGGCUCUUGUUGGAAGAAUGAGAAAAUUUGAAAUGGAUUUGCAAAGAAGCGCCUCUAAAUUACAGAACUUUGUUAGAUAACUCUUAAUAUGAGUUAUGACGUGGCAAAAAUCGGAAAAUUCGAAAAAUCGCUUGUUGGAAGAAUGAGAAAAUUUGAAAUGCUUGAAAUAAUACACGUGAAAAUAUUUCGAGUUCACGCUGGAAAAUAUCUAGUUUUUCUGCAAAAUGUUAGGCAUUUCUGAUUUUAAAAUUUCGAGAAAACGUGACUUUGGUAAGGGAUUUUCAAUAAAAUAUAUGUUUUCUAGUAGUUUUCGACCAGUUUAUCACAAUCCCGCCGGCUAAAAUUGCAGAUUCUAACUCCUAAUAUGAGUUAUGACGUGGCAAAUUUCAGAAAUCGGGAUUUUGAAGCUGGAAUUUAGCUUCAAAAAUGCAUGAAACUCAUUUUUGAAGCUAGUUUUCAGCUCCCAAAGUCGCGAUUUUUCGAAAGCCAAAAUCUAGUCACGUUUUCUCGAAAUUUUAAAAUCAGAAAUGCCCAACAUUUUGCAGAAAAACUAGAUAUUUUCCUGCGUGAACUGAAAAUAUUUUCACGUGCAUUUCAAAUUUUCAUAUCUCCAACAAGCGAUUUUUCGAAAUUCCUGAACUUUGCCACGUCAUAACUCAUAUUAAGAGUUAUCUGACAAAGUUCUGUAAUUUUAGAGGUGCUUCUUUGCAAAUCCAACAAAAGCUUGAAAAAACCCUGCGAUUGCAAGAACCCAAUUUCUUCCAGCGUGAAGAACGUCUUCAUCGAAUUCUCAACAAUCACAAAACAAACGCGGAAACGGAGGCGGAAAAACCGAAACCCGAAGAAAUUUCGUAUUACUUGAAUUAUAAACAGUGAGUUCUGAUUCAGAAGAAGAACUUCUGAAUUUUUUUAUUUGCCGAGAAAAUCCCCAAUUUUUUCCAGGCGAACAAUAAAAGAGUUCAUUCCGCCCAAACCGAAUUUGCGGAAUAAUUAUCAUGUGCCGCCCGAAAAUCUGGCAAUGUUCCCAUUUCAUUUUUUAUCCGCCAUUCUGGAUGGCUCCUCAUUUGUUUUAUCAUCAUCAUCAUCCUGCCCAAUUUUGUCACAUUUUCGCUUCACAAAAGCGAAAUCCGCGGCAAAACCCACAAAAACGCGGAGAAAUGGCGAAGAGCGCCGCGGAAAAAAGCAAAAAGUUGGAGACUGCUGAAAAUUGUGCUGAACCCGAAGCUGAGAAGUUGGAGCCCGUGAAGAUUGAGAAGGUGAUUUUGGAAAUGUGAGUUGAUUUGUUUUUUUUUGGUUUAUAAAAAAAAUAUUGAGGAUUUUUUAAAAUCGAAAAAAGUUUUGUUUACAAAAAAUUGGGCUUUUUGAUGAAAUUUUUAUUGAUUUGAAAAAAAAUCGGAAAUUGAAAAUGAACUUUUCAAUUUUUCGAAAACUCCACGUGGCAUGUAUUUUUAACAUUGUAAAUAUCAGAACUAAAAAUCCACGUGGCAUUUCUAGAUACCACACAAUUUUAGCUCCAAAAAUCCCCUUUUCCAGAAUUCCUCCCAAAAAAUCCUCCAACUCUGACCAAUCUUCGCGCAAACCACCGCACCAACGUAAAAAAUCCGCGGCUUCCACGUCUUCAAAAAUCCAUCGAAACCGCAUUAAUAACAACUACCUUAAUAACCGCAGCAACUACACCUCUUUUAAUACUUCUUUAACUCUGAAAAAUGCUGAUGUACCUUAGGCCCUAAGUUUUUUGUUCGAUUUUAUUUUUAUUCUUCUUCUUCUUUUUUUGUCUGUUGUUGUUUCUAUCUACCUGAAAGGAUCCAUUCAUUUGUCCUAUAAAAUUCCACUUUUUUUGACUGAAAACCAAAAUUCAAAAAAGGUUCUGGCCGACCCUUGACUGACGUCUUUUUUGUUGGCGCCUUUCGCGCCCCCACACACACUUUUUUCUUUUUUUGUGUGUGUGUGUGUUGUUUUCGAUUUUGUCUAUGUGUUGCUACAUAUAUAUGCUAUAAUAAUUCGUGUAUCUCUGUCUUUUCUCUCUGCCCUCCUUGAUUAGGAGAAAAAGUUUCAGUUCUAGAUUUUCUUUGUCUGAAAAUCGAUUUUUCUAGGAAUCUUGGGACCAAAUGCCAAAGGAUAAGGAGAAAUUGGUGGUGAAAACGACGACGAAGAAAGGAAAAAAAGACGACGACGACGAGAAAAAAAAAGAGAAGGUUAAGGUGAGGAUUUUUUAGGGCUCUAAAUUCCACGUGGAAGUGUCAAUUUCGAACUCUAAAAUCCACGUGGAACUGGGGAUUUUAUGAAAAAUUUGAAAAGGUUUUGGUUGAAAAAUAGCUCAAUUUGGAGCCAAUUAAAAAAGAAGAAAAUCUUUUAAAAGUUGGGUUUCGUAAUAUUUCUCAUAGAAUUUUCUAUUUUCGAGCUCAAAAUCCAAUUUUUCUUGACAAAAGUUCAGAAAUCCAGGCUUUAUCGAUUUUUCCAGGUCCCGUUGUCAAAAAUUGCAAAUCUCAACUCUUUUUUUUUGAGUUAUGACGUGGCAAAAUUUCAAAAAAUCGUGGUUUUAGGAGGUUGUAACAAAACCAUUCUUGAAUCUAGUCACAACCCCCUAAAGCAACGAUUUUUCCAAUAUUUGCCACGUCAUAACUCAUAUUAGACGUUGAGCUUUGUAGUCAAAAUCUACUAGAACACAUGUUUUUCAUUAAUAUUGCAAGUAGAAACCUUCCACGUGGCAAAAAUACAAAUUGUUGGCAAAAUUCCAAUAAUCAACCCCUAUUCAAUUCCAUCUAUUCAGCAAAACAAAAAAGAAGUGUUCACCUUGAAAAAAUUGCACUUUUUCCCCGUCUUUAUUCAAAAAAGAGAUAGAAGCCGGCGUGUGACUCAUUUUUACCUUUUCUUUUAUUUUCCUUCUAUUUUUACUUACUUACUUGGGCUAAAUACAGAAAGUCAUGUGAAUUUUCGUUUUUUGGCGGUGCGCUAAAAGCUCCCGAGAGAGAGACGCAGAGACAACAAUUUUUGAACAUCUGUACAGAGAAAAUUUUAUUUUCUCACUUUUUUCUCCCAAAAAAAUAAAAAAGAAUAAAAUCUAGUAAUUUCUCUGGGGAACUCUUCACUAAUAGAUAGGCUACAAAAAUUUUAAUUUGAAAAAUAUUUUUUUGAUCUACCCCCGCCAAAUAUUUUUUUUAUAUGAAAAAAUGAAGAAAAUCGAUUUUAUUUUCGAAAAAUUAUAAUUUGUAGUUGUGUUUUGGCUCAGUUUUUGUGGUGCACCUGGAUUAUAUUUUGUUAGUAUAGAAUUUAUAAUUGUUACCUAUAUGGCUAUCUUUUUGCUCUAUAUUUUUAUUUUGAUAUAUAAAAUAAAAAGAAAUAGUAUAGUUUUAUGAGAUUUAUCUAUUUUUUAUUGGAAUUUGAGAAUUCUCAACUUUUGAGCUAGAAAAUUUUGAUUUUUUGAAAGUACAUAUGUAGGGAGACUGAGUUUAGACCUUCCUAGGCUCUGUAGGCGCUGAGCCAUACCAGAGUGGAGUUAAACACGCGGGCUCUAGACACUUAUGUUUUCUAGGCUCAGCUACUUGUGAACUAGGCUCUCUAGGCGUGGCUAGUUGACGAUCAGAUCCCCUAGGCACCGAUCCUUGUCACAGUUAAUCUCUAGGCGCGAUUUCUAGACUCUAGCCUAGACGCUAGGCUCGGCUACUUGACAAUUAGUGCUUCUAGGCUUGGCUACUUGGCAUAUAAGCCCUCAAGGCUCAGCUACUUGUGAACUAGGUUCCAAACCUCACCCAAGACCUGGAAUUCCAGGUGGGCAAUUUUUUCUCGAAAAACCUAGGUGGGCAAAAAAAUUUUAGGGUCUUUAAGGCGAGCCUCAGGUGGGCAAAAUUUUUAGGGUCUUUAAGGCGAGCCUCAGGUGGGCAAAAUUUUUAGGGUCUUUAAGGCGAGCCUCAGGUGGGCAAAUUUUUUAGGGUCUUUAAGGCGAGCCUCAGGUGGGCAAAAUUUUUUACUAGGUGGGCAAUUUUUGUAAAUAAACCCAGGUGGGCAAUUUUUACCCACUUCUCCAGGUUCUUGGGUGAGGUUUGACUAGGUUCUCUAGGCUUAACUACUUGAAAAUUAGUUUCUCUAGGUUCGGCUACUUAAACAUAAGCUCUAGAGUCGUCAAAAAUCAUCUGAUGAUUUUAGAAAUUCAGAAUUUGAAACUUUUGAAUUUUCUGAUGAUUUUCUCCGCUUUUUUAAAACUAAAUUCCCUAAUUUUUGCAGCGCCGCCACUCUCUAACUGAUUAUUCCACAACUUCUUCCUCCUCCUCCUCCUCUUCAUCCUCCUCAAAUUCAUCAACGGCUUCCGAAUCAUCGUUCUCCAGUUCCAUCGACGAGUUUGGUGAGUUUUUGUUUUUGGCAUUUUUGGUGCAAAAAGCCCAACAUUUUUUCUAAAAGCACCCAAAAAUGUUUCCAGAGAAAAACAAGGGUACAAUGACAACACCGCCACCACGCAACGUCAAAAGUGACUCAUCGGAUUCGGAGAAAAAAGAUGUGCCGGGACCAAGUAACCCAACGACGACAAAAAACAACAACAAAAAGAAGAAUCAAAAGGAGCGAAAAUUGACGAAGAAGGAGAAGAAGUUGGCGAAUGAGCAGCAACAGAAUCAACAACAACACGGCCAACUCAAUGCAUCGGCGAAAAAAGUGAUUGAGGCGGCGAUUCAUCACACACCGCCGCCAACUAUUCAAUUUGAGACUUUUGGAAAUUAUGGUGAUGAUAGUGAUGAUGCAGUCGGGAAAGUUAGUGUUUUUUUAGGCCACGCCCCACUUUUGAAGACUAUAUUUGAAUCGAUAUUUGAUCUGGAAGGAUCAGAGAAAAAAUCAGUUCGAAAAAGUGUGCCGCAGAGUUGCAGAAUAGGCCACACCCACUUUAUUUUAUUCGAAAUUUUAAGAUUCAAGUCAUUUUUGAGAAGAUACUAUGAUUUCGCACAAUUUUCAAUAUGAAAAUUGUGCCGCAAGAUUGCAAUCAAGACCACGCCCACUUUUCAGCGAAAUUGGUUCAAAGUUCAAUUUUCUUACAGUUAGAAAUUACUAAGGCUGAUUUACGAACGAAAAAAAAUGUUUUAAAAUGUUUUUUAACAUUGAAGGGUCAAUUCACGAAAAAUCAAAAAAUGUCGAAAAAACAUUGUAAGUCAAAAUUAGUUUUUCGAGUUUUUCAGCCAAAAAUGAUGACAAAUCAAUAUUUUUUAAGCUUCCGGAGUGAUUUCUGAUGAAAAUAAGCUUCGAGAACGCUAUUUUACCUCAUUUUAUUAAUUUUUUCGAAAUUCUGACGAAAAUUGAUCUUGGAAUUCACUUUCCAGAAGUUUUUGCUGAUUUUUCGUUAAAAAAUUUCAAAUUUUGAUGAAUGUUGAAAAAAAUAAUAAAAUGAGGUAAACUAGGGUUCUCGAGAAAUGCUUGUUUUCAUCAUCAAAAAUCACUUCGGAAGCUUGAAAAAUAUUGAUUUGUCAUCUUUUUUGGCUGAACAACUCGAAAUAUUAAUUUUGACCAACAAUGUUUUUUCGACAUUUUGUGAAUUGAUCUUUCAAUGUUAAAAAACAUUUUUUUUUCGUUCGUGAUCAGCCCUACUGAAAAAUUAGAAAUGAAAAUAAUAUUUUUUUGCACGUUCACGUGAAAAUCCAACACAAACAAAUCAUUUCAAAUUUUAUUAAUCUGAUGAAAUGAUUGAGUUGAGUGCUCUAGAAUGAAGUGAGUUUCAACUCGAAAACCGUGCCCUGAGAUUGCAAAACGAACCCCAAAAUAAAUAACCACAUUCUUCGUUCCAGAUGCUAGUCCGCGGUGUCAACGAAGCCGCAAAACAAGCUCUCGGCGGCGACGAAAUUCAAAUGCCAUUCUACAGUGUUAGACAGACCGAGCCGACAUCUGCCGCCAACGGCGAAGGGAGCAGCAGUUCGGCUGGAGCUGUCCAACCCCCCGAACAGGUUCAACACGAUUUCGAUGGCCAAAAUCACUAUCACACGUAUUUCGAGCCCGAUGAGCAGCUGCCCAAAUUGGACCUUUUGGAUGGCCAUCAAUUGGGACAGGAAAAGUAUUUGCGCACCAAGAAAUUGCGAUAUUAUGAUAGUUUGAAUGAUCGAGAGAAGGUUCGCGAGAGAAUGGGAUUUGGAAUUGCGGGAACUGGACUCAAAGAUCGAAUGCCGAAAACGUUGUCGCUUCAAAAUGCGAAUCACAUUCUACGCUACACUUAUAGUCAAUUGAUUGAGAAGAGCUUUAAUAUGGAGAAUUGGAGACAACAGUUUGGAGCGCAUUUGUUGCAGGAGAGCUAUCAUCGGUGAGUGAUUUCGGCUGAAAAUCGCACCUCAAAGUUUUGUUCAGGAUUUAUCUGUGAAACUUAUUUCAAUAAGGCCUGAAAACUGAAAAUUUCUGAAUUUUUUUGAACCUGGAAUUGGUCCAAAAAUUGGAAAAAAAUCCUGAAAAAAUCUGAAUCUUUAAAAUUUUGCUGAAAAAAAAUUUUGAUCUGGAAUUAGAGUUUGAAAAUAAUUGAAAUUCGACCUAAAGUAGCUAGGAUUUGGUUUACUUGAAAAUUCAGGAAUAAUUUGGAUCCAAAAUUCAUCCCAGAAAGUUUGUGAAUUCAAAAAUCUCAUCUGAAAUUUCGAAAAAUCCAAAACCUUCCAAUUUCUUGCAGCGAACCCCGUCACAAAGAGCUCGAAAAAUAUAUGCGAAGUCAAGUGGAUCGAUUGGUCUCCGAAGAGCCCGACGCGUGGAAAAGAACAACAAUGGAAGCGGUUCUUGUCGGUGAUUUGGAAUUGGUUGUUCAACGAAUCGCUGAGAUGGAUCGAAUGCUGGUUCGAAAAGAUAUCGAGGGACGAAGAAUGGGUUUGGAUUCGAAAUGUCAACGAUUUGAUGAGAAGACGCAUGAGCAACGAUUUCAACAUUGUGUUGAUGUGGGUUUUUGGGAACUGGGAAAAGUUGUGACGUGGAAAAAUUUAAUUGGAAAACUUGGAAAAAUAAAAAAAUUAUGAUGUGGCAAAAUCUGGGAUUAGGCUACUUGGCUAGGCUUCUAGACUCAGAUUUCAGGGCUUAGGUUUCUAGACUUCUAGGCUCCAUGCUUUUUAGCUCCUAGACUCGAGGUUUACCAGCUUCUAUUAUCGUAACUUUGCCACGUCAUAGCGUAUGUUAAUUUUUUUGGCGAAUUUUCUUAAAAUGUCUGGAUUUCUAGGAUUCUAGGCUUUUAGGUCUAGACUUCUAGGCUUCUAAAAUCCCUCAAAAAUUCACGUUUCAAAAUUUAUUUGUAUGAAAAUGUUGAUAUUUUGAAAAUUCAGAUAUUAUUUGUUGAAUUUUCUGAAAUUGUCUAGAUUGCUAGGCUCAGAUUUCUAGGCUUAAAAUUCUAGGCUCAGGUUUCUAGGCUUAGGAUUCUAGGCUUUCAGGUCUAGACUUCUAGGCUUACAAAGUCCCCAAAAUUUUACGUUUCAAAAUAUAUUUGUAUAAAAAUGUUGAUAUUUUGAAAAUAAUAAUCACAAAUCACACAUCUUUGAAAAUUUCUGAAUUUCAGGAUUUUCUUUCAAAAAUCAUAAUCUCAACUUAGCCUAACUUCUCAUUCCAGGUUAUCUGCUCUUGGAUGGUGGUGAGAUAUAUGGAAAAGGUUCCAGCAGCAGUUCAUGGUCGACAAGUCAGUGUUCUUCGCGGUGUUUCGGUUCUAAUGUAUUUGGCAUCAGCCGGCGAUAGGGAAAUUAUGUGUAUGAGGAAUGCACAUAAAAAGUGCACGUGAGUCUUUUUUCCCAGAAAAAAUCACCAGGAAAAUGUGCAAUUUUUCUGCAGAAUGAUGGCAUUUUUGUUGUGCUCGAUGAGCCCCGGAGUUCGACGUGAUUUGAUGUUGUUGUCGGCCACCAACGGCCUAACCGCACUCCAUUUUUGCGCAAUGACUGGUUGGCCGUGUCAAUUGGACAUUUUGCUGAAAUACGGCGCGUCGACGGAAAUUAUGACGGACAAUUGGCAGACGCCAAUGUGUUUUGCAGCCAGGCGAAAUUGCACAUUGAUGGUGAGAUUUUUUUUGGGUCGGGGAUUUGGAAAAUUUGCCACGUGGCAUCUGAAUUUAUCAUUAGCUCGAGAUUUUUGAAUUAAAAAAAUCGAAGAAUGUUUUGAAUAGUGCUCUGAAAAUCCACGUAGCACAUUUUGAGGGAAAAUUGAAUUUUAAAAAAAUUCGAAAAUGUUUUUUUUCAACGUUGUCUAAAUCCACGUGGCAGAAAUUUAUUUUCCAGAAAAAAUGAGUUGUAAAAAUUCUUUCAAAAAAACUGAAUCAAAAUUUUGUGAAAGCUGGAAAAAUGCCAAAAAAUUGAUAGCCAAGUUUUUUCUCCAAAAUGUAAAAUCCACGUGGCAGUAUUUAAAAAAAAUCUGAAAAUUCAAUAGUUUUUUUUUGAAUUUUUAGAUUUUUUGAAACCUAGUGACUUUGUGGAUUUUUUGAAAUUUGAUUUUCUAUUUGAAAAUCCACGUGGCAGGCUUUUGCAGAAAAAUAAUUUGUUUUUUUUCCAAAAUCUGAAAAACCUGAUUUAUAGGUUUCUGAAAACUCACUUUCAGCUCUGAAAUUCACGUGGCAAUAUUUUUAAAAAUCUGAAAAUUUCAGCGAUAUUGAAUUUUCACAUCAGUGACUUUGUAGAUUUUUUAAAUCUUGAUUUUCUCUUUGAAAAUCCACGUGGCAGGAUUUUUCAGAAAAAUUAAUUGUUUUUUUUUCCAAAAAUUUCUGAACCUCUGAAAUCCACGUGGCAAACUUUCCCAAUGACAAAAUGUUCCUUUCAGGCUCGUCAAUUGAUGUGGCACGGUGCUGAUUUGUCGGUGUUGCAACGUUUUGGUUACAGUGCGACUGUGGCGAUGAGUGGAUAUAUUGUAAGUCUGAAAACUUAGCCAAACUCGCCCAAAAGUCUAUCCAAAAUCCAAUUUUCAGUCUCGAAAAUUCAUCGACGAUCGUCAAAUGGUUCUACAAGAUGUUUAUGAUUCAUUCCUCAACGCCUAUCUCAGUGAAUGUGACGAGCGAAUCGAAUUGCGAAUGUUCAAACGACACUCCCUUUUACAAACGUGUCGAAUUUCCGAAACUGUCGCCGACAAAUACGAGUGUCAAAAUAUGCGCAUUGUUUUGAUCAAAAACAUGGACACGUGUAUCCAACGCAAUUCGCCGUCGGAUUCUCGACCAAUUGGUCUAUUCUUGAUACCGGUCAUGUAUACACCCUUUGACUCAACAAUGAAAGCCUAUUAUCCGCAUGUUGUGAAAGUGCCGUUGUAUCAGAAUGCGGCGAAAAUUGCGGCGUCUUGCAAAACGGAUGAUUAUUCGGAUGAUGAGGAAUAUUAUGAAGAGGAUGAGGAAGAUGAGGAAGAAGAUGAAGAGGAAGAAGAAGAAGAGGAGCACGAACCGCCAGUUGUUGAACAGGCUAGGAUUUCGAAAUUGAUGGCGAAACGACCGGUGUAAGUGGGAGAUUACGAUGCUCCGGGGUUGCGCGGAGUUUUGAGAAUUUAAACGAUGCUCAGCGCUUACGCUUCUAAAGAUUUACAUCUAGUGGAUAAACUACGUUACUCCGCCUUUACACCCAGUGAACAAAAAAUGUACCGCAUUUUUCUGAACCGAAUUUUGUGAGAAACUACGAUGCUCCGCAUUUACACGAUUUCGUAGUUUCUGAAAUUGAUAAGACACAAUUUCGAGUUUCAAACGAAGCUCCGGGUUUACGAAUGGUUGUAGAUUCCAAAUUCCAAAAUUUGGAAGGAAAUUUGAGCAAUUUAAACGAUGCUCCGCAUUUAAACCUAGCGAUAGUUCAUAUUAUUAUCCCUUUGUAGUUUUUUAACCUUGGAAAUUUUGGAUUUCAAACGAUGCUCCGCUUUUACACUCAAAAAAUGAUCUAUGAAACUUUUACGUAGAUCUUGGUAGAUUUAAAAAUUUGUUAACGAAGCUCCGGUUUUCCACCAAUUUUUUUCUUUUUUGAAAUUCCGGAAUUUUUUAAAUUUUAAUAAAAAUUAAAAAAAAAAACUGAUGCUAUGCGUUUACAGCGAUAUAAAUUAGCCCAAAAUCUAUAUUCUAUUAAUAAAAUUCUUGAAAUUCCAAACGAUGCUCCAUGUUUACAGUGUGUAAACUUUACACUAUCUCACAUAUUUUUUCCCUAUUUUUAGCCUCACAAUUGGUCAAGGAGACGGUGCGAAAGAAAUCGAACUUUUACCAUUCUUCAAUCACGAACACAAUGGAAAUAUCUACUCGUACACGAUGCCACAAUGUUUCUCACGUGAGUUUUGUUGAUCUACAUAAAUAAUACACUCUUGGAUUACUGAUCCCCUUUUUUUCAGAAGUCAGUCCUGGAACGCCAGCCGCACUCACAUUGUACAUUAGUCAAGACGAAGCGCGAUAUUUUGAGAACACGUUUUUCCUGUGGCAAAUUGUUGAGAUUACGCCCAACUACACGGUGAGAACGAUUGAUGAAGACGACGAGAUUUAUGAGAGAGAACGAUUGGGAAUUGUGCGCGAGAAAAUGAGCGGUGGAUUUACGCGUGGACCACCAGUUCAACAGCCGAAAAAGAAGAAGGAUAAGAAGGAUUAGGUUGGUGGGAGAGAAAAUUCUGAUUUGCCCCAUGAUUUUUGAUUGAUUUUGAACCCGAGAGGUUUUUGGGAGGAAAAUUUAUGAAAAUCCAAUUUUUCGAUGUUUUUUGAUUAAUUUUGAACCAGAAAGGUUUUUGGGGAGAAAAUUGAUGGAAAAUAUGAUUUUCACUGUGUUUUUUGCUUGAUUUUGAAACUAGAUUUGAAUUUUUAAACUAAAAAAAUAUAUUUUUUCGUGGAUUUUCGAAAUUAUCAUUCGAUUUGAGUAUCAAAAGCCCAAUAAAAUUGUUAAAUUUUGAAAAAAAAUUGAAACGUAUAUGAACCGGGAUUUUUUAUUCAUAAAACGUUUAAAAAUUUUUGUUAAAAUUUAAAAUUUCUGAUUUUAAUUCUAGAAGGGCUGAUUCACGAACGAAAAAAAUGUUAAAAAAUGUUUUUUUAACAUCGAAAGAUCAAUUCACGAAAUGUCAAAAAAUGUCGAAAAAACAUUGUAGGUCAAAAUUAGUUUUCCGAGUUUUUCAGCCAAAAAUGAUGACAAAUCGAUUUUUUUCAAGCUUCUGGAGUAAUUUCUGAUGGAAAUUGACUUUGGAAUUCACUUUCCAGAAGGUUUUGCUGAUUUUUCGGAAAAUAAAAAAUUUUCAAUUUUGAUGAAUUUCGAAAAAAUUCAUAAAAUAAAGCAAAAUAUGGUUCUCGAAGCUUAUUUUCAUCAGAAAUCACUCCAGAAGCUUCAAAAAUAUCGAUUUGUCAUCAUUUUUUUCGUUCGUGAAUCAGCCCUAGAAAUAAUUGAAUUGUUGCUAGAAAACCCCAAUUUUGCCACGUCAUAAUCCAUGUGUUUUUCCAGAUUUUCCCCAACUCUUCUCCAUUUUUCUCCCUCUUCAAAAAUGCUGCUAUAAUAUAUCAAUCAAUAACCAAUCACCAACAAACGUAUAAAUCAUAUCAACAAAAUUCACAAUUUUCUCUUUGUUUUUUUCUUCGCUCCCAACCAAAAAUCACCAUUUUUAAUAAUCCAAUGAUCUUUUUUUUUCUAAUUUUUGUCGAUUUUUGCGCGGGUUUUUGUCUCUAAUUUUUCUCUCCGAAACACGCAAAAUUGUCAUUUUUGCCAAAUCCCCAAACUUUUUUCUUUUUGGUUUCUUUAAUGUAUUAUUUAUUAUCUAUUUUUUGGUAUUUUUGUCGCCCCAGUGAUUUUAUUUUUAUUAUUUUUGACCUUUUUUUGUAAUGAAGUUUGCUAGAAAUUUGAAACGUUGAGCUGCAAAAAUUUGUGAUUUUUUCCGAAUUUUUUAUACUUUUUUUUAAUGAAUUUCAAAAUUUUCAUUCCAGAAUUUUGUCAGAAAAUAUGCGAAUUUUGAAAUUGCUGGAUGUUUUGGACAAUUUGAAGCAUUUGAAGCGGACCGGAUGGGUGAAAUGCGGAAUUCCGGAGCCGGAAACUGUUGCCGCGCAUAUGUAUCGGAUGGCGGUUUUGGCGAUGUCGUUGGAAGGAGAGAUUGA